CAUCAUCAAAUACGAACAGCGACAAAAGGUUGCAAGGAAAGCGUUGGUGGGGUUGGGCGCCAGGCAAGUGCGAACGCGGUUCGAGUCAACUCACCCCGCCCCCCACUCAAGUCGUCGUCUCCAUUCACCUUUAACCGAAAGAAAUUUUUCUUCCUCUGUCUGCUACGCACUCCAUUGCUUGCUCAGUUCGUGGAAUUCGAUCUGUCGUUUUUUCUAUCUGUUUUAGUACGAAGGCUAUAUCGUAGGUGUUAUUUCAGUGCCCCUAUUCCUGAUCUUGUUGUAACCAGGUUCUUGUAUAAUCAUGAGUUUUGUCUUCCGUGGGACAAGAGCAGAUUUAGAAAAUGGAUUUUCAGGAUUUAUUCCAGAACGGCGUGCUAUGCGUGUCCAUGCAGCCCGCCCUGUUAAUUCCAACUCUCUUGCUUUUCUUGUCACAGUUCUGUUGUUAUUCAUGAUACUUAACUCACACCAGAUGUCCCCUAACUUUCUGCUAUGGCUUGUGCUUGGGGUCUUCUUAAUGGCAACCUCCCUGAGGAUGUAUGCAACUUGUCAACAACUUCAAGCUCAGGCACAAGCCCAUGCUGCGGCAGCUAGUGGCCUUCUUGGUCAUACUGAAUUGCGGUUGCAUAUGCCACCAUCGAUUGCACUUGCAACUCGAGGGCGUUUGCAAGGGCUCAGGCUCCAGCUUGCUUUGCUGGACAGGGAAUUCGAUGAGCUGGAUUAUGAGACUCUGAGGGCACUUGAUUCUGAUAAUGUCCCUACAACUGCUUCAAUGAGUGAGGAAGAGAUAAAUGCCCUUCCAGUUCAUAAAUACAAGGUCACUGGUCCUCAGAGCUCUUCGUCAGUGCUACAGGGAUCAUCUUCAAGCUCAGCUGAGCAAAAGAAGCAGGAUACCGCAGUUACAGUAGGGAGUAUGAAGAGUGCAGAGGAUGAAUUGACUUGCAGUGUAUGCUUGGAGCAAGUUAACGUGGGAGAACUUGUCCGUAGCUUGCCUUGCUUGCAUCAGUUCCAUGCAAAUUGCAUUGAUCCGUGGCUGCGACAACAGGGAACAUGCCCUGUUUGUAAGUUCAGAGCCGGAUCAGGGUGGCAUGAAACAGAGCAAGCUGGCGCGGAUGCUUCUUUCAUGGUCUAAAAGACUGGCAUGAACUUAUGUAUACAAAACAAUGUAAAACCCACCACGAGCAUUGAUGAGCAUAAAAUGCUUUUAACUUGUAAUGAUUUACCAUGAAAGAAAUGCCCAACUACUGAUUAUUCAAUCAUCCUCAUCGAUUUUCUGCCCUACCUAACAGCACUUCGUUCCCAUUGAUUUGCCCUGGAACGACCUUUGAUGAUUGUAGCCAAGGAUAUCAUCAUUUUAGGGAAACAAAUAUGACCUAACAACGGAAAA